AUGGACAAGGAGCUUGAGGAGGAGUCGGCGCAGGAGCCUGAAGAGGAGUCACUGCAGAAGCUUGAGCACCAGCGGCCGAUUGCCUGGAACCCCUCCACGCCGGCCUACAACUGGGUCGGCUUCACCUGCGACACCGCCAACGCCACCAUCGUUGGUCUCCGCCCACCUAGUGUCAGCUUCAUUGGAUGCUAUGCCUCUGGCGCGGGCGCCAACAUCGCCCACCACAUCGACCAGUGCUAUGCCCUCGCCUCCACUACCUUCGCCAACCUCCACCUCACCGGCCUCAUCACCAUCCAGCCAUUCUUCGGCGGCGAGGAGCGCACCCCCGCCAAGCUCAGUCUCGUCGACGCACCCAUCAUCUUCGUCCCGCGCACCGACUGGCUCUGGCUCGCGUUCCUCCUGCCCGGCGCCGCCCCGUGCCGCUUCGCCGCGGCCUCACCGUCCUCUGUUGCUCAUGCCGCCAGUCCCGCGGCGGCCGCUCCCGCCGAACUCGCCUUCCUCCACACCGGCGUCCGACGCCGCCCCUUACCCCUCUGA